AUGAACUGCUCCGUACAUCUGAGUGAUCACCCAUCCGCGGUGCCUCCGAAAAGCCCGCGGUUCUGGAGGAAUCAAUGGAGAAUUCAGAGGCUUGUCGAGUGCGAACAUUUCCAUUAUCCUCUUGUCGAACUCGGUCCCAUAAAGGUCUCCCUGGUCUCCGUAAUCAAGGAUGUUGAUAUCCACUACCUACUUCGGGUAGAAAGCAAUGGAGUCUCAUGGCAGAUUUCUCGAUCACAUGCGGAAAUGUCGGCUUUUGAUCAACAGCUACAUCGA